UCCUGGACCAGGGCUCAAACCCGUGUUCCCUGCACUGUCAGGUGGAUUCUUAACCACUGCACCACCAUGGAAGUCCCGAGAUGCCGGUGCAGCUGACAACAGCCCUGCGUGUGGUGGGCACCAGCCUGUUUGCCCUGGCAGUGCUGGGUGGCAUCCUGGCAGCUUAUGUGACAGGCUACCAGUUCAUCCACACAGAAAAACACUACCUGUCCUUCGGGCUGUACGGUGCCAUCCUGGGUCUGCACCUGCUCAUCCAGAGCCUGUUUGCCUUCCUGGAGCACCGGCGCAUGCGGCAGGCAGGCCGGCCACUGAAGCUGCCCUCCCCGCUGCGGCGCUCUGUGGCACUCUGCAUUGCUGCAUACCAGGAGGACCCCGACUACUUGCGCAAGUGCCUGCGCUCAGCCCAGCGCAUCGCUUUCCCCGACCUCAAGGUGGUCAUGGUGGUGGAUGGCAAUCGCCAGGAGGAUGCCUACAUGCUGGACAUCUUCCAUGAGGUGCUAGGUGGCACCGAGCAAGCCGGCUUCUUUGUGUGGCGCAGCAACUUCCAUGAGGCGGGUGAGGGCGAGACGGAGGCCAGCCUUCAGGAGGGCAUGGACCGUGUGCGCAACGUGGUGCGGGCCAGCACCUUCUCAUGCAUCAUGCAGAAGUGGGGAGGCAAGCGAGAGGUCAUGUACACAGCCUUCAAGGCCCUUGGUGGUUCAGUGGACUACAUCCAGGUGUGUGACUCUGACACUGUGCUGGAUCCAGCCUGCACAAUUGAAAUGCUUCGAGUCCUGGAGGAGGACCCCCAAGUAGGAGGAGUCGGGGGAGAUGUCCAAAUCCUCAACAAGUACGAUUCAUGGAUCUCCUUCCUGAGCAGUGUGCGGUACUGGAUGGCCUUCAACGUGGAGCGGGCUUGCCAGUCCUACUUUGGCUGUGUGCAGUGCAUUAGCGGGCCCUUGGGCAUGUACCGUAACAGCCUCCUCCAGCAAUUCUUGGAGGACUGGUACCAUCAGAAGUUCCUAGGCAGCAAGUGCAGCUUUGGGGAUGACCGGCACCUCACCAACCGAGUCCUGAGUCUCGGCUACAGGACUAAGUAUACAGCUCGCUCUAAAUGCCUCACAGAGACCCCCACCAAGUACCUCCGGUGGCUUAACCAGCAGACCCGCUGGAGCAAGUCUUACUUCCGCGAGUGGCUCUACAACUCUCUGUGGUUCCACAAGCACCACCUCUGGAUGACCUACGAAUCAGUAGUCACGGGUUUCUUCCCCUUCUUCCUUAUCGCCACAGUCAUACAGCUUUUCUACCGUGGCCGCAUCUGGAACAUUCUUCUCUUCCUGCUGACAGUGCAGCUGGUGGGCAUUAUCAAGGCUACAUACGCCUGCUUCCUUCGGGGCAACGCAGAGAUGAUCUUCAUGUCACUCUACUCCCUUCUCUAUAUGUCCAGCCUCCUGCCAGCCAAGAUCUUUGCCAUUGCUACCAUCAACAAGUCUGGCUGGGGUACCUCUGGUCGAAAAACCAUUGUGGUGAACUUCAUUGGCCUCAUCCCUGUGUCCAUCUGGGUGGCAGUCCUCCUUGGGGGGCUGGCCUACACAGCCUACUGCCAGGAUCUGUUCAGUGAGACGGAGCUAGCCUUCCUUGUCUCUGGGGCCAUCCUGUACGGCUGCUACUGGGUGGCCCUCCUCAUGUUGUAUCUGGCCAUCAUUGCCCGGCGAUGCGGGAAGAAGCCAGAGCAGUAUAGCUUAGCUUUUGCUGAGGUGUGACGUGGCCCUCAAGCAGAG